GCUGAAUUUCACCGAGUUCAAAGGUACAUAACCCCUUAAUAGCUGCUGCUCCAACAUUGUUUCUUUGUUCCGUGCAACUAUCAGCAAUCAGUGACAUACUCGAGCUCGCAGAAAAAACAUCGAAUUCCGCGUGUAACAAACGGCAGCUAGUUUGACAGUAAUAUGCGUUGGUUCGCGAUAGCCAACGUCUACGAAACGGUUAAACCUUUCGGGAAUCUGUUGAAAGUUUGCGGUUUGAACUAUGGCGACACUUGGUCUCAGUCUCCAGCCAGCUCCAGGAUAUUGAAAUUGUUCAUGUACAUAGUGCUAUUUGUUGUGAUUUACUCGUACAUCACCUUCGUAAAUGUCGUUGUUCUGAGGUUGGACACUUUUCACGAUUCGCUCAUAAUCGGCCACUCGGAGAAUUUGUAUGCUGUGAUUCUGUUCCUGAUCAUUGUUUACUCUAUGGUGUUUGGAGCUGUGUCUCGGAAUAAAGUGUCCUUUACGCUGAGAAAGCUGCACGAAAUAGAUAGUGAUUUACUUGAACUCAACGUUAACAUCGAUCACCAAAAGCAGCACUUUCAAUUGACAGUAGCUUUGAUCAGUGGUCUUUCAGUGACUGUAGGCUUACCAGCGGUGACUUUGUUUUGUUACAUGUUGGAAGGUUUCGAGAUGACAUUUUAUAAGUUCUUAAGUUUUGUGGUAUUAGUUGGCUGCUAUUUUUUGCUAGUGAGUCAAGCAACUUUGGCUGCGCAGUUGCUGAAGGUGCGAUUCGGGGCAAUCAACAAAAUAUUCAGGAUGUACUUUCCGACGACCCCAACGUCCAGUGGAUUCCUGUCCGUCCACACAGAGACGACCGUGUGCAAUGAGAAGGAACAGCUAGCCGUCCUCAAGCAGAUCAAAAUUUUGCACGAUAAACUGAACGACGUGGUGGAGCUGGUUAAUUACUGCUUCUCGGUGCAGAUAACAUUCUGCGUCGGACUGUGCUUCGUCAUAGGCGUCGUCUGCUCGUUCGGUCUGUUCCGGGCGUUCAUCUAUCGGAACGAGCUGUUCUACAUGGGAGUACUGAACUUCAUCUGGUACAUGUACUAUUUGUUCUUUGUUCUGUUCUUCAUCGCCGUUGGAAGUAAAAUUACACGAGAGGGUAAACGAAUCGGAGUACUCGUCCACAAAGCCAUCAACUGUUCCACCUCGAGUGCGGUCAUAAACGAGCUGAACAUUUUCUCCCAACAAUUACUGCACCGUAGUCCGGUAAUUACGUGCGGUCUGUUCGUCUACGACUGGACGCUGCUGUACACGAUGAUUGGAGCGACCGCGACGUACCUGAUUAUCCUGAUACAGUUCGACGUAUCGUUCCCGAAUCUGGUGAAUGUGAAUGGAACCACGGCAACCGGUUCGGCUGGUUCCUAGGUUAACACGGUUCCCGGUCCCCCCGCAAACACAAACUCCACCAGCGAGCGUCCGGCUGUGAGCUCUACACGCAAGUGGUUCGAAUUUAAGAGCUGUAUUCCGCACCACCGAAAAGUCUACAUCAGUUUCCGGGUUGGCAGUGUAGCAAACGAGUUGCUCUCGGCGGCGAAGCCGAAUUCGUCCGUGAACUUGAUUUAAAUUUUAUGACUAGAUAAGCGCGAUGGAACGCCUGGAGCGUGGAACGAGAAUGUUUCGCUGUAACUUUUUACUUUUUGGGGUGGUUCAACAUUUGGAACUAAAGGCUACCGGAGGCUAAAAAGAUUUGUUUUGGGAACCAACCCGUGUACCUUAUGUCAGAUGAUUAAAUUUUUGUGUAGUACAAAGAGCAAAUGAUCUUUUUUAUAUAUUUACUUAUACGUAAAUUGCCGUGAUUCACUUAUUAGCCUUAUUUACUAUGGUAUUCCAAUGCAGGUGGGACUGUUAAAUGUAUCACAGUAAGUUCCAAGACUAGCAAACGGCUAACUGUUAUUUGUAAUUCAUUUGUAAUUGUAAUUCUUUUGAUAGCGUACCCAAAACAAAACUAUUUGAUACUCGGGAGUUAUCAAUUUCAAAUAAUAUUGCAUAAUCGUGUUUAGCCACUCAAACGAACAUUGUGUAUGAAUGUAGAUUCACUUUUAUAAUAAAAAA